AAAUGACUGUCUCUGUCUCAAAGAGACGACCAAGAACAUUCGAAAAGACUGAAACCGAGAAACAGGACAGUUCACUUAAAGAUCAUCGUACUUCAUGUUCGGUCUUUUCUAGUUCAGUUCUCUAUCUUGUUCCUCUCAUGAUUCUCUUUCCCUUCUUAAUUUAUCUUUUCUCAACUUCCACCACCGUUAUUUGCAUCUCUUCGCGGAAGCUCAACGAUCUAUACUGUCUCACAGCCGCUUCUCAUCAGCCCGGUUUACAUGUACCGGUCAGCAAUUUCACUAAACUGGUUAGUGAAAAUGUGUUAAAAAGUGACGAUGUUCUUGGUGAAGGUGGAGAAAAGAGUUUCGUAGAAAAUGAAUCUUUCGCCAGAGAAAGAGACUCAGAAACUUCCACAGGAGAAAGAGUUUCUGAUCUUGACCAAGACCUUAAACUCAUCAAUGAUAAGAAUCUUGAAUCGUUUCUUGAUCAAGAUUUCUUUCGACCUAAGGAUGAAGUCGAGGAGACUGCUCUAAAGGCCGUGAACAAGUAUCUUAAGAUACAAAGAUCUUGGCUUUCGAUGGGACACAACCGCAAUAAACAAGGUUCUUGUGAAGGACAAGGUAUCUACGUAUACGAUUUACCAUCUAAAUUCAACAAAGAUUUGUUGGGAGAAUGCUCGGAUAUGGUUCCAUGGGUCAAUUUUUGUAGCUUCUUCAAGAACGAUGGGCUUGGUGAAUCGAUUGAGAAGCUUGGUAAAGGCUGGUUUAAUACGCAUCAGUAUUCUCUUGAGCCUAUCUUUCACUCCCGAGUUUUGAAGCAUCCAUGUAGAGUCUAUGACGAGAAUCAAGCAAAGCUCUUCUAUGUGCCUUACUAUGGCGGUAUGGAUGUUUUGAGAUGGCAUUUUAAGAACGUUUCUAAUGAUGUGAAGGAUGUUUUGGCCAUCGAGGUACUAAAAUGGCUCGCAUCGAAAAAAUCAUGGAGGAAAAACUAUGGAAAAGAUCAUGUUUUCGUUCUUGGAAAGAUCACUUGGGAUUUUAGGAGGGAAAACAAAUCUUCUUGGGGCUCAAGUUUACUUGCAAUGCAAGAAAUGGAAAACCCUACAAAGCUUCUCAUCGAACGUAACGCAGGGGAUGUCAACGACAUUGCCAUACCCCAUCCUACGUUCUUUCACCCGAGAACCGACGAUGAUAUCUCUAGCUGGCAAAACAAAAUCAUUACACAACCUCGCCGGAGUCUCAUCAGUUUUGCCGGUGGAGCAAGACCCGGUAACCCUGAAAGCAUCAGAUCAACAUUGAUUGACCAAUGCCUAUCAUCUCCAGACCAAUGCCGAUUUUUGAACUGUGCCAAUGGAGGUUGCAAUGAACCGGAAUCAGUUAUCGAUCUUUUCCAAGAUUCAGAGUUCUGUCUUCAGCCACCUGGAGACAGUGCAACAAGGAAAUCGGUUUUCGAUUCUCUAGUUUCGGGUUGUAUUCCGGUCCUCUUUGAUCCAUUCACAGCUUAUUAUCAGUACUCUUGGCAUUUACCAGAGGAUCACCGGUUAUACUCGGUGUAUAUCAACCAAGAUGAUUUAAAGGCCAAGAAACUGAAUGUGAUCAAGAAGUUGAUGUCAGUGACUCUAAGGGAAAGAGAGGAUAUGAGGAAUUAUAUUGUCCAAGAGAUUUUACCUGGUUUGGUCUAUGGAGAUUCCACUUCUAAGUUUGAGAGGUUUCGAGAUGCUUUCGAUAUUACAAUGGAUAGUUUGUUCCAUAAGAUUUCGAAAAAUUUGUAA